CUGUGCUGUGUUCACUCACCCUGCCUCUCUUUUCUCUCUCUCCCCCCUCUCUUUGUCAAGCAUUGCAGGCUGCAUGUACCGAGUCCUUCAGACCACGGGACCCGAUGGCAAAAACCUGCUGAAAUUGCUCCCCAUUCCCAAAGCUUCGGGAAGCUUUGUGCCUCUAGUUCAGGCUCCAGCCAUGCCAAACAGCCCCUCAGGGGACAUCUCCGCCCCCGUCCACCUCACCUUUCAGAGCCAGCUCGGCGCUUCCGCCGCGCCUUCCUCCGUUAAGAUCUUCCAGCCUCCUAAUCCCGGGAAGAUCGUCCUGGCGAGGACACUGGACAAGCAGGAGGGUGUCAGGGCGGGCUGUGAGCAGGAGGGGUCGGUUCCCAGCGCCAUGCAGGGCGUGGACAGGGGGUGCGUGCAGGACGUGGCCGUGUCCAGCUCGUUGCCCCAGGGCGGCCCGGCCUACAUGAUGGUCAACGCCAAACCUGUCCCCGUGACCGUCAAGUCCCCGGUGCUGCCCUCGGGCCACCACCUGCAGAUCCCGGCGGACGCGGAGGUGAAAUCCGUGCCGGCCUCGCUGCUGCCCCCGGCCAUCCAGCAGAGGAUCCUGGCGGCCACCGCCGGCACCGACGGCUCCAGGACGCCCACGGUGAUCUACGUGUCCCCCGUCAACACCGUGAGGACCCCGCAGGCGCUGCCCAAGCGGCUGCUCUGCCCCCCAGGCGGGGCCGAGGCGCCCAAGGCGCUGCUGCUGACGGCGGCCCCGGAGCGGGGGGGAUCUCCCGGCCCGGCUCCCCCCGUGGGGCGGCAGCGCCGCCGGAGCCCCAUGAAAUGGAUCGUGCAGGAGGCCGCUCCCAUCUCGGCCCCCUGCCUGAUCCCCGUCAAAUCCUCCAACAACGUGGCCUCCAAGAUCCUGAAGACGCUGUCGGACGCCAAGAACGCAGAGGGGAGCUCUGCCAACGUCCUGCUCCCCUGCCCCGGCGGGGCCCAGGCCAAGCUGGCACCGCUCAAGGACAACGCCCUGGUGAUGUACAACGGGAAGGUCUAUCUGCUGACCAGGAGAGGCUCUGACAUCCUGGCAGCCCAGGCUGAGAGACAAUCCCCUUCCUCCUCCUCCUCCGAGGCUCCCCUUAGGAAGGAGAGGCCCCAGCGAGUGGACUCCUCUGCCGUCAACAAAAUAACCAGCAAGGUGGUCAACCUGGUGCUGUCCAAGAGCAAAGGAGUGCUGCUGGCUCACAGGGACCCCAGCCCACGGGCAGACCCCCAGCACUCGUGCCCAGACGGCUCCAGAGCCGCCCCAGUGCCGCCCAGUGCGGAGCAGCGUGACCCAAGUGCCGUCCAGAGGAGUCCCUGCCCCGUCCCAGCCCCGGGACACGGCCCAGCCCCGGCCCUGGGGACACAGGGCACACCUGGCAGGGACAGGAGUCACCUCCCCCCCAGAGCGGCAGGGACUGUGUCCCCUCAGGGUGAGCAGGAACGUGCUCCCAGUGGAGAGUGGCCCGAGGUCCGGUGGGAGCAGAUGGAUCCCCUGGGAAAGGUGACAACACAGCCCCCAGAGCAGCCCCACUGGAAGCAGUACUCGGAACUGAGGAGGAGAUUUGGGCUGUCCAAGGAGGAGAGGGUUUCCCUGAGGAGGAUCCCACUGACAUGGGAGCUCUGGGAGGAGCCUGAGGGAAGGGGCUGUUCCAGUGACAGCCAGGACAGCAAAAGGGAUUCCUGCAGCUCAUCCUCCCUGGAUGUGGAAACAAAGAACUGCCCUCAGGAGUGGGCUCAGGAGGAAAAGGUCGUUGUGGAUCUGGAAGAGGAUCUGACCAGGAAAAGGAAAAUCAAAUCAUCCCCACUGUCAGACAGCAGGAAGAGAAGGAGAAACUCAGCCAGAUCCUCCCCAAGCCCGAGUUCAGAACCCCCCAAUGCCCCUCCCAGGAGCGUUUCACCCCUUCCAGCCUCCCCAGAGCCGAGAAUUCCCAGAGGAUCCUGCGGAGCUUCCCCAGGGAGGGACUCGGAGCCGGGGACACCCCUGACCUGCAGCGACAGCUCGGACUCGGAGAUGCCAGAGCUGGUGACUCCUGGGGGGGCUGCCUCCCUUCUGGAAGGUUCUUUCAGGGAUGACGCCUUCCCGGUGGCUCCCCCGGACCUGGACGAGACGAUCCGGGACGAGAAGAUCCGGCGGCUGAAGCAGCUGCUGCGGGAGAGGGAGGCGGCGCUGGAGGAGAUGAGGAGGGAGAUGCAGCAGAGCUGAGACCCCCCCAGCUGCUCCUUCCCUCCUGCAGGGAGAAACCCUCACUGGAA